UGUAUGUGUUUGGUUUCUCUCUCCCUCGUAGGAACUCAGCCCCCGCCUGUCUCCCGCUGUUGCUGCUGCUCUGACUAGCUUGCUGCCUCUUGCCUCUUCUUUCUCUCUCUGCUUAGCGCCUUGCCUUCUGAUACCACUCCCAGCAUGGAGACCAAUCAGUCUGCACAGCUGUCGGGGCAGCCACAGUCAACACCUGUGGGGGACAGCGCAGCACUGCCCAGUCAGAAUGGCCUGGAGAAGCAAGAUGAUCAGGACUCCUCAACCCCACUCCCAGCACCGGAGGAGGAGGCAGGUGUGCAGCCUGAACGGGGAGCCCAUGAUAUCUCUGAAGAAUUGAACCGACAACUGGAAGACAUCAUUAACACGUACAGGUCUGCUGCCGGCACGGCAGGGCAAGAGGGUCCCACCACAGCCGAGGAGCAGCCUGAGAACACAGAACCACUCGACAACGAGGACAGGGGCUGCGAGGAGACCACUGAAGAGACAGAGACAGACCCUCCGGCCUCUGGAGAGCCACCCACAGCCAAAGAGCCUGUCAGCAACAAAGAGCAAAAACUGGAGAAGAAAAUCCUAAAAGGAUUAGGCAAAGAAGCCAAUCUGCUAAUGCAAAAUCUGAACAAGUUGCAAACUCCUGAGGAAAAGCUUGAUUUUUUAUUCAAGAAGUAUGCUGAAUUGCUGGAUGAGCAUCGCACUGAGCAAAGGAAGUUAAAACUCCUCCAGAAGAAACAGGCACAGAUCCAAAAAGAAAAGGACCAGUUACAAGGUGAACACAGCAAAGCUAUCCUUGCACGAAGCAAACUGGAGGGUCUGUGCCGGGAGCUGCAGAGACACAACAAGACACUGAAGGAGGAAACCCUUCAGAGGGCACGUGAGGAAGAAGAGAAAAGGAAGGAGAUCACAAGUCAUUUCCAGAGCACCCUCACAGAUAUCCAGGCCCAGAUCGAGCAGCAGAGUGAGCGAAAUAUGAAGCUCUGUCAGGAGAACACUGAGCUCGCAGAGAAACUGAAAAGCAUCAUUGAUCAGUAUGAGCUCAGGGAGGAGCACCUGGACAAAAUAUUUAAACACAGAGAACUGCAGCAGAAGCUGGUGGAUGCAAAACUCGAGCAGGCGCAAGAAAUGAUGAAGGAAGCAGAGGAGCGACACAAACGUGAAAAGGAAUAUUUGCUGAACCAGGCAGCAGAGUGGAAACUUCAGGCCAAAGUGCUGAAGGAACAAGAGACAGUCCUGCAGGCUCAGCUUACUGUCUACUCGGGAAGGUUUGAAGAGUUUCAGAGCACACUGACAAAAAGCAAUGAGGUGUUUGCCACCUUCAAACAGGAAAUGGAGAAAACCACUAAGAAAAUGAAGAAGCUGGAAAAGGACACAGCCACGUGGAAAGCUCGGUUUGAGAACUGUAACAAAGCUCUGUUGGACAUGAUUGAAGAGAAAGCAUUGAGAGCUAAAGAAUAUGAGUGCUUCGUGAUGAAAAUUGGAAGGCUAGAGAACCUCUGUCGAGCUUUACAAGAGGAGAGAAACGAACUCUAUAAAAAAAUUAGAGAAACAAAAAUGUCUGAAAAGGAUGCCCAAGGUCAGCUCACCUCUGACGACGACGAGCCAGAGUCAAAUACCUCUGUGGGUGAAGAGGCAGAGGCGGAGGAAGCCAAGGGUGUUCACAAUGCUGUGCAGAAUCUGGCCGCGGCCUUCAUGGUCAUCCAUCGUCCAGAGUCAACCCUGGAUGCGUCCAAAGAAAUCCAAACAGAAGUCAGCAGUCCUCAAGGGGGCGGCGGCACGGCCCUCAAGGGGCUGGAACAAGCCCCUCUGAGCCCAGCAUGCCAUUCAGGGAGUCCCCUGCAUCACCCAAGUCCUCAGGCUGAGGCGGAGGGAGGCAACGAGGGAGAACCUCCCCUCAGAUCAGGGUCAGGAGCACAGGCCCAAGGCAAUGGUCCCCCGGCUGGACCACAGGCUGAUCCGCAGCCACGGAAGCCAGAGGCAGCAUUUUCGGGCCAGGCCCCGGAGCCUCCGGCAGAGGCCUUUCUACGGGUGAUGGAAGCCGACGGGCAGCCCCGGAAGCCAGAGGCAGCGUUCUCCGGCCAGGCCCCGGAGCCUCCGGCAGAGGCGUUUCUACGGGUGAUGGAGGCCGACGGGCAGCCCCGGAAGCCAGAGGCAGCGUUCUCCGGCCAGGCCCCGGAGCCUCCGGCAGAGGCGUUUCUACGGGUGAUGGAGGCCGACGGGCAGCCCCGGAAGCCAGAGGCAGCGUUCUCCGGCCAGGCCCCGGAGCCUCCGGCAGAGGCGUUUCUACGGGUGAUGGAGGCCGACGGGCAGCCCCGGAAGCCAGAGGCAGCGUUCUCCGGCCAGGCCCCGGAGCCUCCGGCAGAGGCGUUUCUACGGGUGAUGGAGGCCGACGGGCAGCCCCGGAAGCCAGAGGCAGCGUUCUCCGGCCAGGCCCCGGAGCCUCCGGCAGAGGCGUUUCUACGGGUGAUGGAGGCCGACGGGCAGCCCCGGAAGCCAGAGGCAGCGUUCUCCGGCCAGGCCCCGGAGCCUCCGGCAGAGGCGUUUCUACGGGAGAUGGAGGCCGACGGGCAGCCCCGGAAGCCAGAGGCAGCGUUCUCCGCCCAGGCCCCGGAGCCUCCGGCAGAGGCGUUUCUACGGGUGAUGGAGGCCGACGGGCAGCCCCGGAAGCCAGAGGCAGCGUUCUCCGGCCGGGCCCCGGAGCCUCCGGCAGAGGCGUUUCUACGGGUGAUGGAGGCCGACGGGCAGCCCCGGAAGCCAGAGGCAGCAUUUUCCAGCUGGGCCCCGGAGCCUCCGGCAGAGGCGUUUCUAUGGGUGAUGGAAGCCGACGGGCAGCCCCGGAGGCCAGAGGCAGCAGCUUCCGGCCGGGCCCCGGAGCCUCCGGCAGAGGCCUUUCUAUGGGUGAUGGAGGCCGCCGGUCGUGCCCCGCCGCCGGCAGCGGGAGAGCACGUGCCAGCUGGGGAGUCUAGAUGUGAGCCCAGGAGGCAGCCCCCAGCAGCAGCAGCAGCAGCUGCAGCAGCAGAGGGGCUCCCAGGAGGGGCCUCAGCUGGGCCCCCGCUGCCCGAAGUGGCCGACACCAAUCUGGAAGGAGCCGACUAAGCCUCCUCUGCCUUCUGAGGCUGUUCUUCCCGACUUUCCAUCGUCCUAACAGAUUGUCUCCUGAAAGAGGCAUUAAGGGCUGGGGACGUCUAAUGGAAGAGACUUAUUUAGAAUCAAGACAUUUUAAAAUGUUAUGCGGAGUACCUUCAGCCUUUGCUAUUUGUUCUCAAUUUAUAACUGAUUUGGAGCUUUUCUAUUUAACACUGAUAGUAUAAUUUUCUCAAAUGGCAACAAAACAUACGAGUAGCAAAUUUAAGUUAAUUUGCCAUUAAGAUGUUACUUAAUUCAAUUUCUUAAUCAACAGUAAGAUUUGGUGUUUAAAGACUCCCAUUACAAUAUAUAAAUACUGAAAAUGUGAUGCUUUAUUUCCAUAGAGUUUAAUAAGUGCCAUAGUAAGUAAUGGAUGACCAGGUUCCAUUUAAACAUUAUAUACAUUGUGUGUGUGUGUAUAUGUAUAUGUAUGAAUAUAUACAUAUAUGUGCUUAUGCACUUAUAUACACGUGUAUAUUUUAUACACAUGUAUGCAAAUAUAUAUUACACAUACAUUUCUA